UCUUGGGAGUAUUAUCAUCACUGACACAAUCUGGUUCUCCUGCCGGCUUCACUCUCUCUCUCUCUCUCUCUCUCUCUCCAUCAGUUUUCUCCCAAUAUCGUCUCUUCCUGAUCCUUCAUUCAUUCGUUUCUUGAAAUGAUGCCCCCUGGACAUGAGACUAGAAUGAAUCGCAAUCUGGCUAGCAUCAUACCUACUACUACUACCCAGAUUGAAUCCGUUCAGAGCGACCCACCAGAUUCAUCGACCAACGAUGUAGUAAUCCCAUCUGUGGAUAACCAAAUGUCAGAACAACAAUCAACUCCACCCCGAUUCUCCAUUCUACGUGAAUCCUUAAGUCCCGUCACACUCAAGUUUGAAGAUGUGUCAUACACUAUAAAGUUGCAAUCCACAAAGGUGUUCUGUUUUUCAUCCCUUGAGCCCAAGCCAACUACUAAAACGAUCCUGAAUGGUGCGAGCGGCAUCGUCCGGCCCGGCGAGCUCCUAGCGAUGCUAGGCCCGUCCGGAAGCGGGAAGACCACAUUGCUGACCGCCCUCUCGGGCAGGCUGCCCGGUAAAGUCUCCGGCACGAUAACAUACGACGGGCAGCCCUUCUCGGGUUCGGUGAAGCGAAAGACCGGUUUCGUCCCCCAAGACGACAUCCUGUACCCUCAUCUCACCGUGCUCGAAACAUUGACCUAUGCUGCUUUAUUGAAGUUACCGAGCAAGCUCACUAAAGACGAAAAAAUUGAACAGGCGGAAUUAGUUAUAGAGGAGCUGGGGUUGACCAAGUGUCGAGAUAACGUUAUCGGGGGCCCGCUGUGUCGCGGCGUUUCUGGUGGUGAGAGAAAAAGAGUGAGUAUAGGACAAGAGAUGUUGGUGAACCCAAGUCUGUUGCUGCUGGAUGAGCCCACUUCUGGGCUUGACUCGACCACGGCUCAGCGGAUGAUGGCUACAUUGAGAGGGCUAGCCAGAGGGGGCAAAACCUUGAUUACGACGAUUCAUCAGCCUUCGAGUACCCUUUACAGGAUGUUUGAUAAGGUGUUGGUGUUAUCUGAGGGGUACCUGAUUUACAGCGGACGCGCUGAUGGGGUGAUGGAGUAUUUUGGUUCACUCGGUUAUGUGCCCGGGUUUAAUUUCGUGAAUCCUGCUGAUUUUCUGCUUGAUCUUGCUAAUGGUGUGACGCCGGAUACAAACCAAGAUGAGCAACGGGACUUCCAUAGCAGAGGAGACGACCAUGAAGAUCAAACCUUAUUGAGACAGCAUUUAAUAUCUUCUUACAAGAAGAACCUUUACCCUGCCUUGAAGGAUGAGAUUCGUGAGGCCCCAAUUCGAUCUGCAUCAGGAGUAUUACCGCCAAGAAGCAGUGAAAUAAAAUGGACCACCAGUUGGUGGAUGCAAUUCAAGGUGUUGCUGGAAAGGGGCCUAAAAGAAAGAAAACACGAGUCCUAUUCGGGUUUAAAGAUUUUCCAAGUCAUAAGCCUCUCUAUACUUUCAGGACUCCUGUGGUGGCAUUCUCGUACGUCAGACUUGCAAGAUCAGGUGGGACUUAUCUUCUUCUUCUCAAUGUUCUGGGGCUUCUACCCUCUCAUCAAUUCCAUGUUCGUGUUCCCCCAAGAAUGCCCAAUGCUAAUAAAAGAACGUUCCUCAAGCAUGUACCGCCUCUCCUCCUAUUACUUUGCCAGAAUGGCAGGCGACCUACCAAUGGAGCUUGUGCUCCCAACUAUCUUCACCACCAUCGCAUAUUGGAUGGGCGGCCUCAAACCAUCACUAGUAACGUUUUCACUAUCCCUCUUGAUCGUCCUCUUCAAUGUGCUAGUCUCUCAGGGACUUGGACUAGCACUCGGUGCAAUCGUAAUGGAUGCGAAACAAGCAGCGACUUUAGCUUCUGUGAUCAUGUUCGUGUUUUUACUAGCCAGUGGAUAUUACAUUCAGCGAAUUCCGGGUUUUAUAGCUUGGUUGAAGUACGUUUCAUUCUGCCACUACUGUUACAAACUUUUGGUGGGGGUUCAGUAUUCGGCUGCUGAGGUAUAUGAGUGUGGAUCAGGGGUGACAUGCCGGGUAUUGGAUUUUCCGGCCGUAAGGUAUGUGGGUCUUGGUGGUAAGUGUAGGGAUGUAGUGGCUUUGGCUGUUAUGUUGGUUGGGUAUAGGCUUUUGGCUUAUGUAGUAUUGAGGAUGAGGCAACCUAAUUGACUUGUUGAAGCUAAAGCUGAAGAUGUUCUAACAUUGAUCAGAGUCCUACUGAUUGCGGCUUUGACAGAAUCUUUGUAAUUAGGUUCAUCUCGUAAGUAACAUGUUUCAGCCAUUUACUUGUGCCAUUUGGGCCAAAUUUUACUGUAGAAAUUUCACAAUAUCUAUGGCAAAAACCAAGAAUGUUGAAACAAAAA